AUGUCUGAGCAGUCGCUCAUCGGUAGCCACACCAACGGCUCUGCCAAUGGCCGUACAUCCGGGUCUGAGUGGGACGCAAAAAUCCAGAAGCUCAACGGCGAACUGAAACAAGCCAAAUAUCUUGCUGGCUUCCAUGGAGAUGCCCUCAUCGGAGAUAUAACCCGACCUGGAGUAAGGUGGUGGAGCGACCUUCGUCGUAUCCUCACCUUUCAGCACCUUCCUGCCAUCAAAAAUGUUUUGGUUCACUAUAUCAGAACUAGAACUCUUGAUAAAACCAAUUUGGCAGGAUUGGUUGGAUCACUCUCCAACGACAGUCUUAACCGUGCCAAGUUCAUCGAGGGAGAAGUCAAGGCCAAGUAUGAACGCAUGCUUCAUCCACCAAUCACAUACCUUGGAGACGCCUUCAAGUAUCGUACUGCGGAUGGCAAGUUCAACAGUGCCAUGCAUCCUCAGCUUGGUCAAGCCGGCGCACCAUACGCCAAAACAGUCCCAAGCAAAACUCAUCCAUUGGGCGCGCUGCCCGACCCUGCUGAUCUCUUCGAUCGCCUCAUGGCUCGAGAAGACCCUGGACCAGAUGGCAAGGGUCGACCAUCUACCUCUGGUUUGUCGUCCAUGCUGAUUUACCACGCCACUAUUAUCAUUCACGACAUCUUCAGAACGAAUGAUAACGAUAAGAACAUCUCUGACUCGUCUUCUUAUCUUGACCUUUCCCCUCUUUACGGUUUCACUGAGGAGAUGCAGCGCAAGAUCCGUGAUGACAAGUACAAGCUUGGUCUUCUCAAACCCGACACCUUUGCUGAAGAUAGACUUUUGCGACAACCUCCUGGCGUUUGUAUCUACCUUGUUAUGUACAAUCGUUACCACAAUUACGUGGCCACUCAGCUGCGCCGCAUCAAUGAGAACGGUCGCUUCUCUGUGCCCAGCAAAUACCAACUCUCCCCUCUGUCAUCUGCUGCCAAAGAAUUUGUCAAGGACGCCGACAAAGCCUUGACCGAUGAUAUCUGGGAUUAUAAUAAGGAGUGGAAGCGUCGUCGAUCCGCUGGAAUUGACGAUGACGAUGACGAGGACGAAGAGUUUGAUGAACUCGCAGACAGAUUGCGCCAGAAAACCCUUGCUGGUAUCGAGAGGGGUCUUCGCAAGGAGAGUGAGCGACAGAAAGCGCUGUGUCUCGAGGUCACAGGGAAGGAGCAUGAUGAUGGCAAAAGGAAGAAAUUUGACCCUGAGGGUGUUCUUGAGCAAUUCCUCAAGGCUCACGAGGCGGCUUGGGACAAGCUCGAUGAAGACCUUUUCCAGACCGCGCGAUUAAUCACGUGUGGUAUGUACAUACAAGUGAGUAUUCACGAUUACCUUCGUGGUCUUAUGGGGUUCAUGAACUUCGACACCAACUUCACUCUUGACCCUCGAGUGGAAAUGAAGAACCACAAGAACGUUUCUCGCGGAUUAGGUAACCAAGUUACGGUUGAAUUCAAUCUCCUCUACCGUUUUCAUUGUGCUAUCUCCAUGAAAGAUGAGAGUUAUGCCGAAUCUUUCAUGGCUGAGCUUUUUGAGAAGGAUGCGCAGUGGGACCCGAAAUCCAUGGGCCUACCACAAUUCAUGCAGGAGAUGGGCAAGAUGAAAGCCAAGGAAGGUCUCAAGAAGCCGCUCGAGCCAUGGGAGCAGGAGUUUGGUCUUCGAAACGAAGGAAAUCCCCGAUUCAAGCCCUUCAAGAGGAACAAGUACACUGGCUUGUUCGAUGAUGAGGCUAUGGUCAACGAAUUGACUAGUGCUAUGGAUGAUCCAAUUGCUAAUUUCGGUCCUCUCAAUGUGCCUCGUUGUCUAAGAGCCGUCGAGAUUCUCGGCAUCAUGCAGGCUCGCAAAUGGGAGAUCGGUACAUUGAAUGACUUCAGAGACUUUUUUGGCAUGAAGAGACAUGAUUCAUUCGAGAGUAUAACACCCAACGAGCAGGUGCAGAAUUCCCUGCGUGAUCUAUACGAACAUCCCGACAAGGUGGAAUUGUACCCCGGCAUUUUCUGUGAGACCAACCAAGCGAACGGUCAAUUGAACGCCGACCCUGGUCCUUCGGACUUGGACUCUGCUUUGUGGGCGGCCAUCUUUUCUGAUGCCAUCACCCUCGUCCGAUCCGAUCGCUUCUACACAGUCGACUGGAACACCAACUCCUUGACCAACUGGGGCAUGAAGGAGGUCACUCCAGACAACGAUGUCUGUAAGAGUUCCAUGUUCCAUCGCCUCAUUCAGCGCGCGUUCCCGGAAUGGUACCCCUACGAUUCCAUCCGCUUCUUUCACCCGUUCUAUACCGGUGAGAAGCUUGCCGAGCUUGCCAAGGCACAAGGUUAUGACAAGGAGUUCUGUGUCAAGACUACGCCUCUGAAGAAAGCCAAGAAGAACUCUCGUGGCGAGAUGACCAAGUUCGACUUUGAGCUCACAAAGUCUAACCCUCAGCGACCAAGCAAGACUGUGUACUUGACUCACAACAAUGACAUCAAGCGCAUUCUUGAGGACACCUCUGAUAUCUUGGUUCAUCCUGCUCGCACUAGGAUCUCUGAUCUGCCACCGGAGAUUCACGAUGUUCUGAAGCCUGGCCAGAACAACGACCCCAAGGAGAAUGGGGUAUCUCUCGAAGCUGCGGCGAGGCACUCCACUGUUGAUCACGAGCAUAUCCAGUCCUACCUGGUUGACAUUGCUCGGAACAUCAUCAAGCGCGAAGUCGUCACCACCGACAAGGCCAAAGGCAUUUACCAGCUUGACAUUGUGCGAGAUUUCGCAAUUCCUGUUGUCACCCGCUUUGUUGCUGACUUCCUCGGAUUCGGUCAUCUUCUUCGUUCCGACACCAACUCCCACGCUCCUUACUCAGAGAAUGAGAUCUACCAGCACAUCAACAACUGUCAGGUCUUCCUCUCGUACAACACUGAUGAGACUAAGCUUCUCAAGCGCCGCAAAGCGUUCCGAGACUCGAUGACUUUUCUUCUCGAGUUGGUUGAGGCAGGUAACAUCCGCGAAGCCGGCAAGUGGCGUACCACACGUUGGGUACAGGGUUUCUUUGGCACUAUAGCCUCUCUAGGCCAGGAAAAGCCAAACUUUAUGACAGCCUUGGGAUACAGGGUUGCUGGUGAAGUGCUGCAGAGGGAGGGCAACACCACCAAGGCUGCUACCAUCCUUCUCUUGACUGGCUUGGAUAGUGCAUACAAUGUGGUCCUUGCAUUCACCUCGGUCAUGGAAUCAUUCUUCCGGAACCUAUACGAUGAGAAGCCCGACAAGAAAGGCCAGAAGACCAAGGACGCUUGGCUUGAGAUCCAGAGGCUAGCCUUCGAAGAAGAUAUAAAAUCCAAUAAGCGGAUUCAGGCUCUUGUUCUCAAGGUUCAGAGAUGGAGUGUUCGCCUGCCUAUUGUUCGCAAAGCAUCUGAAGGCACUACCAUCCAAGCCUACAAUAGGCACACCGAGGCGUCCGAGCCUAUAAAGAUUGCUAAGGGCACAGUUGUCGUUUGUGACAUCCAUGAGGCCGAGCGGCGGAACUGGAGCGAGUCUGCCGAUGAGAGACAUGAGUUGAACUACUGUUCUAGUUUCGCCGAGGCCUUCAGCGAAUACCACCCGAAACACGUCGCCGCAACUAGUCUUGUUACAAUGGUCAAGGUUCUUGCACAGCUCAAGAACCUUCGUCGUGGACAUGACACUCAAGGUGUUUCCAAGACGGUCUCGAUUGAUGCAUCCAGUGUUGGCUAUGCCAACUACAUGGCACCCAUGCGACUCAAGGAGAUCGAGCUCAAGGUUAAGGAAGCACAUGAGAAGAAGGAGCUCACCGCGGAGCAACUCGAAGCAAUCUUCCCAUCCCAGAUCAGGAAGCCUGCCACUGCUACGUAUCUGACUACCGAGUGGGAUGAGAUGGUUCCUUUCCCAACCACUUGGAAGUUACGCUUCGAUGGCUACGGUGUCUCAGACUACAGCAAGAACAACUACGAAGUCCUCAAGGUGUUCAAGAUUCCCGAUGACAUUCAGCCAUUCUAUCAGCCCAACGGUCCAUCUCACAUUGGCGGAUCUUUUGCGACACCGACCUGUGUCUGUCAUGAGUCGUGGAAGAAGGAGAACAAGGGCAAGGGCCAUGAACAUGGGGAGGCUGGCGCUCAUGAGAUUCUUUCGGCUUGCGGCACUCACAUGCACCUAUGCCUGCUACAUCAGGAUGCAAGAUUGGUUAAGCAGUUGUCUCUUCCCCUUUGUUGUGAUUUUAGGCUUCAGGAUACAAAAAUAAAUGAUUUAAAAAAUCUGAUCUAA